UCUCUAUUCAUCUGCAAAUACUUUUACAUUCUUCCCAGCUCCAAUCCCCACUCACACACUUCCUUUCCACUAACUCUUUAAAAUAACUUCUGCUUUAAUUCUUAAGCGUGUGUUUGUCGGAUAUUCCACCGGAGCUAAACCUUCAACGGAAAUCAUCUAUUGGACCUCUGCUCUGCUCUAGGUCCAGUUACUAUUGUCAUCAUGGAUUCUCCUCAGUCUGUCAUGUCACCCUUCAAGACUUCUGCCAUUUUCACAGAACCUGAGAAGCAGAACACUGAACUCUUAUUGAAGAACUCGGGCAGUUUGUCUGCAAGAAGAGAGGACUUCAUUGGCCUAAUAGAUGUGUAUAUACACCAGGCUAGGGACAUCCACAACAUCUGUAUAUACCAGAAGCAGGAUGUUUAUGCUAAGCUUUGCCUAACGAGUGAUCCCGACAAUGCUCUCUCCACCAAAAUCAUCAAUGGGGGUGGGAAAAACCCGGUUUUUAAUGAGAAUCUGAGGCUGAAUGUUCGAACCAUCGAGUGUUCUGUGAAAUGCGAGAUAUGGAUGAUGAGCAGGGUGAGGAAUUACAUGGAGGAUCAACUGCUUGGCUUUGCUUUAGUCCCUCUUUCUGAAGUCCUCCUGGGAAAUGGGAAGCUGGAGAAGGAGUUUUCUUUGUCAUCCACUGAUCUCUUCCACUCCCCAGCAGGGUUUGUUCAGCUCUCCCUCUCUUACAAUGGAACUUUACCUGAACUCAUCUCGAUUUCUGCAGAAAAAACCGUGCAAAAUGCAGAGGUGCUCGAGUCCCUAGCCAGCGAAUUCGAGAAAAUCGAGUUCCCAGACCCUAAAAUAAUGAACGAAAACGAUGUGAUGGUGUCUGAGUAUUUUGGGAUCCAAGGCUCCACCUUGGAAUCCCAGAGUUCAGACAGCUUAGUGUCGUCUUCUGACAACGAAAAUCAGCCUAGCCCCGAGGUAGAUGUUCAUGUCGGGGAGAGUUUUCCAUAUCCAAAGCGGGAUUCCCCUCCCAGCAGUGUAUCAACGAACGAACAUCCUGCAAGCUCCCAGUCUUCUGAGGCGCCCGGGGCUUCAAAGACAGCACCCGAGGAGUACAUUUCCCCUUCGAAAGAAUGCAGCAAGGAGAAGAGCUUAUUAGACGAGAGAGAUGCAGAGAGUGCAUUUCCAAAGGCUGUGAUGGCGGUGAGCAUUGAGGCCGAGCAGAAAGUGGUGCAGCAGGAUAUAAUCGACAUGUACAUGAAGAGCAUGCAGCAGUUCACCGAGUCGUUGGCGAAGAUGAAGCUCCCGUUGGAGCUCGAGAGCACCACGACGACAACCAGCUCGGGGAAUUCUAGCUCGGAUCAGAAAUUGCAGACCCCCAAGAGCGCGGGCUCUCGGGUGUUCUAUGGGAGCAGAGCUUUCUUCUGAUUUUCUGAGUGAGUUCUAAUGGUUAGGGUGAGAGUGAUGGUGUUGUGUAACAUGGAAGAACUUCAAUUCUAUCUCUUGUGGUGUUAUAUAUUAUUGUAUGUUGAUUUAAUCCAUCAAAACUAUGUGACAUGUAUGUUUACAGCCUUUGUUAUAUUGCAAACCCUUAUGUUCCUUUCUUUUUA